AUGCUUCUUGAAUUGAACCUCAGUUCUUUUGGCUCAUCCCUUUAUUUUCUUUCCUUGUCGUCUGCUCUUUUCAAUUCCCCAGCCAUUGUUGUUACACUCCCACAUCUCGGUUUCUUUGCUUUAUUUCCAUUUUUUACUUCUUUCCAUUUUUUUUUUUUAUUACGUUUUAUGCUACUUUGUCUAUUUGAGACGUUAAGCAUAUCUAUCUAUCUAUCUAUCUAUCUAUCUUUCUUUUUUUUUUCUUUCUUUCUUUCUUUCUUUCUUUCUUUCUUUCUAUCUAUCUUGCUUUCUCUCGUUCUAUCUUUCACUGAAAAUAUGCAGCGUUUCUGGUGUUGUAUCACCGUCUGCACAUUAUCUAUCUAUCUAUCUAUCUAUCUAUCUAUCUAUCUAUCUAUCUAUCUAUCUAUCCGAGUCUCUUCAUUAUCUAUCUAUCUAUCUAUCUAUCUAUCUAUCUAUCUUAAUCUGACCAUAAUCUUUCUAUCUCGGUCUGCACAUUAUUCUUCACUAUCUAUCUAUCUAUCUAUCUAUCUAUCUAUCUAUCUAUCUAUCUAUCUAAGCAUUUCACCUCUCUCUAUACCGCUAUCUCUGUCUGUUUUAUUUCUAUCUAUCUAUCUAUCUUAA